UGCAGCGCCUUUGACGUCUCUCAGCAGGAGAAAUGGCAGCUUCAGGAGCAGCAGCUGAGGCUUCAGAUCUCUCAGCUGGAGACGGCGCUCAAGGCCGACCUCGUCGACAAAAACGAGAUCCUCGACAAAGUCAAGGCCGAGAGAGACACAAACGAGAAGCUGAAAGAAGCGAAUCAGAAACUGGAGGCGCAGCUCCUGCAGCAGAAGCAGCAGCUGGAGGAGCAGCUCAGGUUUUACAGUCGGGGGGGCGACUACGACGUGGCCGAACUCACCGAGGCGCUGCUGCUCGUCAAAACACGUAAAUCCCAGAGGAGCGGAGAUCUGGGCUUCCUGAGGGAGGAGGAGGAAACGGGCGGCACCAGCGUGGAAAACGCCAUUAAGGAGCUGCGAGCCGCUCACGCCGAAACCAUUCAGGAGCUGGAAAAGACCCGGAGCCUCCUGAGCACGGAGGGCCGGAUCAGCCGAGGCUACAAGGCCGAGCUGGACGCCGCGCUACGCAAGAUGGACGCAGACAAACUCGAGUACGAGCAGAAGCUAGAACGCCAGGCUCAGCUGCUGGACGCCAGGGCGACGAAGAUCAGGAAACUGGAAGCUCAGCUCAGAGACGUCGCCUACGGGACCAAAACCUACAGCGUCAAAGUGGACGCCACAGCCGAGGACGAGGCCGACGAAUCUGGCGAAGCGCUUCACCUGGAGAGUGGAGAGAACCUGCUGGAGCUUCAGAUAGUCGGCGCCACGCUGUCUGGCUCCGCCCUGCAGAUGCUGGGCGGAGCUGAGCCCGCCACCUUCUGUACGUACGCCUUCUACGUGUUCGAGCUGCACGCCACACCGGUGGUGACGGGCCGCAGUCCGAAAUACAACUUUACUUCUAAGUACGUGGUCAGCGUGGACGACCGCUUCCUCGACUACCUCCGCCGGGGCGCGGUGAGGGUGGAGCUGCACGAAGCGCUCGGUCUGGACUGGAGGACGCUGGCAGCCGGCGAGCUUCGUCUGCAGCAGCUGCUGGAACAGGACGGGAAGGUUCACGGCAGCGUGGCGCUCGUCGGGUCGCGUGACGAGGCGCGCUCUUUCGGCUCCUUGGAGUUCUGGCUCAGGCUGAGGGCGCCCAUGACGGAGACGCUGCGACUGUACCGAGAGAAGAUGAAGGCGGUGAGCUUCAUCGUCACCCGUCAUCGCUCAGAUACACGAGCAGGAGAAUACACCCACAGCGUACGCACACCUGAGCAGGUGAAGGUUCUCACUCGUGUCGUUUCUCCUCAGCCUCCGCCGACGACCGGCGACCAGAACGAGCUCUUCAUCACCGUCCGCAGCUGCUCCGGCCUUCAGCCGCGAGGCUCCUGGCAGCCGAGCCCCUAUGUCGUCUACAAGUUCUUUCGCUUCCCCGACCACCCCACCGCCACCGUUCACAACCGCCAGGACCCCGACUUCAAUGACCUCGGGUCGUACUCCGUCUCGAUGGAUGCGGACCUGGACCGGUACCUGAAGUCGGAGCUCCUUCAGUUCUACGUGUUCGACUACAAAGAGGAGCAGAUGGACACGUACCUGGGGAAGGCCCGAGUCCCUCUGAGGACGCUGACCCACGACGAGAGCCUCACAGGUGUGUUUUCGCUGGCUGAUCCCUCUGGACUCCCCGCCGGGAACAUCGAAGUGACUCUGAAGUGGAAGGUCUCCUACAUCCACCCGGUGGACGCCAUGGAGGACGAGCCCAGGUUUACUCCUGUGGAGGAAGCGUUAGAGGCCAAACAACAGCCGGAGGGCAAGGAGGCCCGCCGCCAUCGCGCCGAAUCUCAGGCCCCGCUGCCCAAACCGAGACCAAAGACUCAGGUGAAGGGAACGCCACCCGCCAAAAAGGUCACGUUUGGAGAAGGGACGGCCGCCAACCAACAGCUGGACACGUCGAGCUCAGCGGCCCGGGGGGCGGAGACUCUACCUGCAGCACCUCUACAGGUUUGA